AUGGAAAAGCUAGGCUUUGAUAGGAGAUGGAUAAGAUGGAUUAUGAAUUGUGUUACCUCUGCAUCGAUGUCUAUCCUUCUCAAUGGAUCACCCCUGAAACCAUUCAAAAUUGUCAGUGAAGCCUUGGUGUGCCUUCUAGAAAAGGCAGACGACAUGAAUCUGAUUGAGGCUAUUCAUAUUGACAAAGAAAAGUUAAGCUUGAAACAUCUUCAAUUCGCUGAUGAUACACUUAUAUUUGCUCCUAGAAAUUCCAUGGCUAGGGACACUUCCAGAUGUGUUGGGUGCCUGCAUUCAACCUGCCCAUUUACAUAUCUGGGCUUUCCCCUUGGAGAUCAUAUGAAUAAAUGCUCGGCUUGGAAACCAGUAGUGGAGAAAAUACAGAAUAGACUAGCCUCGUGGAAAGCAAAAAUCUUAUCUAGAGCAGGGAGACUAACUCUCAUCAAAAGUGUUCUCAACAGCCUACCUGUUUAUUAUAUGAGCUUGUUUAAGAUGUCAAAAGCCAUUGCUUUGAAAAUAUUUAAAUUACGAAGAAGAUUCUUCUAG